ACGGCGAUAUCCGCGCGUCCGAGGCGGCGUUUUGAGGCGACGGAGCCCUGAUAGCCGACGCGACGCCCUCCGCAAGACUGUCUCCGGAUUCGGGAGAGGAUUUCUGCCACAAGCACUUUUUUUUUUUUUUUUUUUUUUAUCGCAGUGACAGUCCUGAUGCAUGGGAAUGCGUAGGGCGAUAGAAAGAAGAGAGGAGACACCGGAGAGCUGGCGCUCGCUGACAGAAGUGGUGGCAUAAGCGUUUUUUGUCCGCUUUAAAAAAAAAAACAAAAAAAAAAAAAACACACAACCAAUGACUACCAUGAAACCUCAAGACAUUAUGAAGGAAAGGAGCAGCCUGUGGAUAUUUGGAUAUGGCUCCCUAGUGUGGAAACCUGAUUUUGCUUACAAAAGGAGCAAAAUCGGCUAUAUUAAAGGGUACAAAAGACGCUUCUGGCAAGGAGAUGACUUUUACCGAGGGGACAAGGAAAAGCCAGGCAGAGUGGUCACACUAGUGGAGGAUCAGGAGUCGUGCACAUGGGGAGUGGUCUAUGAAGUCGCUGCCUCCCAGAUUGAAGAAUCCCUUCAGUACCUGAACAUGAGAGAGGUUGUGUUGGGGGGUUACAUAACACAGACGGUGGAGUUCAUCCCUAGGGAGAAAGGCCAGGGUCCGCUGUUGGCCCUCGUCUACAUCGCUACUUCGAACAACCCCAUCUACCUUGGUCCGGCCUCGCACAAAGAGAUUGCUGCCCAGAUUGCCAUCUGCAGCGGCAACACGGGCCACAAUAUCGAAUACCUGCUCCGCCUGGCGGAGUUCAUGCGACUCUGCUGUCCUGAGGUGGAGGAUGAGCACCUCUUCUCCAUCGAGGCGGCACUUUUGAACAUUUUCAGUGAGUGUGGAGGGAUCAAACCCCCAGACCAAAAAUCCACGCUGCUGGGAGCUACAUAAAAGACUCCACAAGGCACUCCACAUAAUACAAAUGUAAACGUUUUUAUACUGGGUGAAAGGGAAAUGAUGUCCUGCAACACAUGUUUAAUGGUAUUUGGUGCUUGAUAGAGGUGUAGCUGACCUGGGAUUCUCAGGGGCUAACCAUUUUUGGGUGGUAACAUAACCUUACAGAGUUACCUCAUGUUACUCAUUAAUCUACCUUUGACCUCCUCACUCUGACAUCUCUUUUGACUUAUGCCAGUUAUUUACAAAAGUACCACAGACUGUACACAAACUCUAGAAGCAUGGGAUGCUUUUAAAAAUUCACAGAGAGACGUCUUCUCUUUUUGAAUCCUAUGUUUUACACCUUUGUUGUCAAAGGGUCUCAAAAGCUUUGUAUACAUUGUGCAUUACAUUUUU